CAAAUCAAAAUCAAAAUCAAUUCGAUAUCAAAAUUAAAAUCUCUCGCUGUUACCAGAGCUUAUUACGAGCCAGAACAAUUAUUAUUAGUAGUAUGUCGGAAAUUGAGAAAUUACUUGCUCCGGUUGUAGAAGAGAUAAAAAAAGGUAAGCAUGUAACCUUCUUUAAUGGUGCAGGUAUUUCAACAAGUGCUGGGAUCCCUGAUUUCCGGAGUCCAAAGACAGGAUUAUAUGAUAAUUUAGCUAAAUUAAAUUUACCAUUUGCUGAAGCAGUAUUUGAUAUUGAUUACUUUAGGGAUAGUCCUGAAGCAUUUUAUACUGUUGCAGAAGAAUUAUUUCCAGGAAACUUUCUUCCAACCAAAUAUCAUUUUUUAAUUAAAUUGUUUCAAGAUAAGAAACAACUUAGAAGAGUAUAUACUCAGAAUAUUGAUACAUUGGAAAGAAUUUCUGGAGUAGAUGAAGAACAUUUAAUUGAAGCUCAUGGUUCUUUUGCAAAGAAUCAUUGUAUUGAAUGUUCCAAAGAGAUGCCAACCGAAGAACUUAAGAAGCAUAUGUUAAAUAAGCAUAUAAACAACGGUAUACCUCUUUGCCCUAGCUGUAAAGGUUAUGUCAAACCAGAUAUUGUAUUCUUUGGAGAGGGAUUACCUGAAGCAUUAUUUGAGACAUGGGAUAAGGAUCAAGAUGAAGUGGAGGUUGCUUUUGUAGCAGGGACAUCAUUGAGUGUUUACCCUUUUUCAUCAUUGCCUUCAGAAUUAGAUCACCAUUGCCAUAGAGUCUUAGUUAACAAAGAAGCAGUUGGAAGUUUCAAAAGGAAAAAGGAUGUCGUACUUUUACACGACUGUGAUGAAGUAGCCACUACUCUUUGUGAAAUGUUAGGAUGGUCAAGUGAUUUGGAAGCAUUGUUAGAGGAAGCUAAAACUCAAUUUGCUAAAAAGGCUCAAUUGGCUAAAAAGGCUCAAUUGGCUAAAAAGGCUCAAUUGGCUAAAAAGGCUCAAUUGGCUAAAAAGGACGAUAAAGAUGAUGAAAAGGAAGAAGGAGAAGAAGAACAAAAUAAAGAAGGAGAAGAAGAAGAAGAGGUUAACACGGAUACUGAUAAAGAAGACAAGAGGCAAGCAAUUGUUGAUUCACUUGAAGAAGCAAUUUCGAAGUUGGACAUUAAAGAUAGAUAUUAAAGAUAAAUGGAUAGAUAAUAUAGAAGAAUUAUAGUUACAAUAUAUGCAAAAUAAAUUUGGAACAAUGAUUUCUUUCAAGCGUAAAGCUCUUCUUAAUUUAUUCUAGAUUUUAG